GAGUCCUAACUCUCCAGACACUUUAUAUUCUCCAAAUCUCCACCGUUUCGCUCCAAACAUUUUCUCAAUGGCCCAACAAAAGAGGCUAAGAAACAUCGCUCACAACCUCAAAGACAAAGCCUCGGUCAUCGCAGCAGCGCUAUCAAUCAAGCGCCACGUGUCAUCCGUCCGCGUCCACGUCAUCCGCGCCACCACGCACGCCCUCGCCGCCCCUCCCUCCGACGAUAAAAUCGCUGCCGUCCUCGCCGUCGGGCACGGCUCCCACCUUCUCCCGCGCGCCUGCAUCAACGCCCUCAUGGACCGCCUGCACCAUACCGGAAGUGCCACGGUGGCACUCAAAUGCCUCUUCACACUCCACAACGUGGUCGUGAAGGGACCCUUCACUCUCAAGGACCAACUCUCCUGUUACCCUUCCUACGGUGGCCACAAUUUUCUUAACCUUUCAACUUUCCGCGACGACUCGGACGUGGAAUCCUUAGAACUAAGUUCCUGGGUUCGUUGGUACGCGAGAGUUUUAGAACUGAGCUUAUCGGUUUCCAGAAUCUUGGGUUAUUAUUUGAACUCUUCUUCAACCUCAACAACCCAAGACAGAAAGUGUUUGGUUUUGCGGAAUUCAAACGCUGAUUUGUUGUACAAACUGGAGUGUCUCGUUGUUUUCGUUGAGCAAAUAAGUCACGUGCCUGAGUCUUUGCACCUUCAGAGGAACGAGUUGGUGUACGAAAUAGUGAGGUUGGUGGGUGAAGAUUAUGGGAGCGUGCAGGGUGAGAUUUUGGUGAGAUUGGAAGAACUUGGGAACAGGAUGGAGGAAAUGGAAGUGAGUGAGUUGAACGAGUUGGCUGGUUAUUUGAGAAGAUUGGAAAAGAGUCAAGAAAAGUUGGUGCUUUUAUUUGUGAACAGGAGAAAGAAUAAUGGGUUUUGGGAUUUGAUUGAAAAGACUAAAACGAAGGGGGUGAAGAAGAAGGAAGAGAUAGAAGGGAAGUGGCUCACGGUGGUGACUACUAGCGCCGCCGAGUUGACUCGGUCGACAAACCCGUUUCUUGAGCCGGGGCAACUCAGUCCGGUCCCACGGUUAAGUUUUGCAACGGUAAGAUGACAAGUGGCAACGGUCACUUUCAUGAAGGAGGAAAUUACUUUCAUUUUUUUGUCCCUUUAUUUUGUGGGAAUCCGCAGCCUGCACCUUCGGUGGGGAGUGUGGGCACAUACUUUUUUGUUUUUCUUUUUUAUUUUCUUUCAAUUGGUGUGGGGUUCGCUGUCUGUCGUUGUGUGCAUAAUUAAAGUGAAAGACAGAUAUUAUCAUCUGCAUCAUCAUUUCUGUAACAAAAUUAAAGGAAGAGAUUUAGGAGAGUUUUUUUUGUUUUUUUAAAUGGAAUUGUAUAAGCAGACGUGAGAUGGACAAUUGGUUUCAAUUAGUUCAAGUUCUUUUUCUUUCUUUCAAUGUUCAGAUUUUAGAUAACUGAUUAAUUUUUCAUCAUUUAUAAAGCUCUCAACCCAUUUUUCAGAACUAUAGUUUUCAUCUACCCUAAAGGUUCUCUCUUUUCAUUAAAUGAAUAAAAGUCAACAAGCCAAAGUUUAUUGUGAAUUAUUGCGAGAUACUACCAAGCUCAUUAUCUAACGAAACCAACCUGUCAAACUUCAACAUGCAACAAUUUAUCAUUUUUCAUUAUCUAGAUAUCGAAGUCAUCGUCUUGAAAUGAUCAAAAUAUACUAAAUGUAAUUGACAAGAAACAUAACAAAGUUAGUGAGCGGUUAUAAAAUAUUGAAUGAAAUUCAUGUUAAAGUAAGAAAAUAUUUCAUCAUGGCCACCAUCAUUGGACGAACUAUUUAAUAAAACAAACUCAUAGUUUUCAUACUUCAAAGUCCGUAGCACAAAAACAAAUGUGCCUUCUGAAUAUGCUUCUGAUUGAUUAUAGACAAAGCCCUAUAUCUUAAACACCAAUACACCAGAAGAUCUCAAACCCGUUAGAUAUUACCUUACGGAUUGGAGAGCUUCACGUGACAUAUUGAUUCAGUAUUUUGUUUGUCUGUCAGUUCUACCUACGUAUCUCAUCUACUGGACGGGCUUGUUGGGCCUCUCCUUGCAAUAAUCGUUUGUUAGCAUAUUUCUUCUUCACCGGGCCUUGUUUUGAAUGCCUCCGGGUUUGACUUCUUUGGGCCUGAGUUGGAAAUCCGAAGAU